AGGGAGGGAUGGAGAAAUGCGCAGGGCGCAGCAUCAGCACAUCCACGGCCGGUCAGAGCGCAGCAGCUUCUUCUUCUUCUUCUUCUCCUCCUCAUCAUCAUCACCAUCCUCAUCAUCAUCAUCCUCAUCUUCCUCAGCAGCAGCAGCACACACAACAAGACCGACACACACUGACUGAGUCGACCUGAAUUAUUUUAGUAGCGCAAUUAUCCAAAAACUCCCCCGAGGGGUGUUCGGCUGUCGGAAAGGGAAAUUAACGAAGAAGGAGGGCGAGGCAAACUGCGCGACUCUGGUGUGACAGAUGUUGGAAAAGUCUGGUUGGAUGUAGAGAGAAGAAGAAUAAGAAGAAGAGGAGGAGGAGGAAGAGACAGAGGAGAGGAGAGAAGAGGAGGGAGAGGGAAAGUGUCCUGAACAGAGAUGAACACGCUCUGCUGUUGGAGACAGACGAUACAGAGGUGGAAGCUCUGCUGCGAUGUUUCCUUCUCUGAAAGCUUCAACUGGCUACUCUAAAGGGCAUGUUAUUGACGGGACCACAUAUUCUACAGAGGACUUAACUCAAGUCUGAUUCCAGCUUGACUGCAACUGGUUAUGAAAAUCUGCACUCGGAGACUGAAACGGCUGGGGGUAAGAUGUUUGUGGAGUCAGUCGUCCGAUGGGGGGCUUGGAGCAUCCUGCUCCAGUUUGGACUGUGCGUAUCUGCAGGAAGUUGUCCUCCGCGCUGUGUGUGUCGACCCGAGGGUAGAGAAGUGAUCUGCUCAGGAAAACAUUUGAACUCAGUCCCGGAGGGCUUUUCCAGUGAUGCCAGGCAUUUGGAUUUAUCCCACAAUAAGAUUAAGACCGUGGGGCGCCGCCAGUUCUCCGGCCUCCCGCAACUUCAAGACUUGGAUCUCAGUGAUAAUAUGAUCUCCAUGAUUGAGGUGGAGGCUUUCCAGGGCCUACAAAACCUCAGGACGCUUCGGAUUAAGAAUAACCGACUCAAGAUCAUCCCGGUUGGGGUGUUUUCUGGCCUGUCCAGUCUGCGCUUUCUGGAUUUGAGCCAGAAUGAGAUUCUGGUCUUCCUGGACUAUACCUUCAAAGAAAUGGUGAACCUGCAAACGCUGGACGCAGAGGAGAACGACUUGGUCUUCAUCUCCCAGCGGGCUUUCUUUGGUCUGCAGAACUUGCAGGAGCUCAACAUAGAUCGUAGCAACCUGACCUCCGUUCCGACCGAGGCAUUGUCCCAGCUCCAGAGCCUAACACGUCUUCGCAUGCUGCGUCUCACCAUCACUACCCUGCCCAACAAUGCUUUCCGACGACUCCACCGUCUGCGAAGCCUCGUGAUUGCAAACUGGCCAGCUCUGGAUACUAUGGCUAGCAACAGCCUGAUCGGUCUAAAUUUGACCACGCUCGUCAUCAGCAGCUGCAACCUAAGUGCUAUUCCUUACUCAGCACUUCGUCACCUGGUGUAUUUGCGAUUUCUGGACUUAUCCUACAACCCCAUCACUGUUAUCCAAGGUAAUAUGUUAGGGGACCUCCUGAGACUCCAGGAGCUUCACCUAGCAGGAGGGAGCCUGCUAAGAAUAGAGCCAGGAGCCUUUCGGGGACUGGCCUACUUUCGCAUGCUUAAUGUGACGUCCAAUCAGCUCACUACUUUGGAGGAGAGCGUCUUCCACUCUGUGGGGAACCUUCAGGUGUUGCGGCUGGAUGGGAAUCCCCUAGCAUGUGACUGCAGGCUCAUCUGGGUGGUCCGUCGCCGAUUGCGCUUGAACUUUGAUGGACAUCAGCCCACUUGUUCAUCUCCUGAUUCGGUGAGACAGCGUGAAUUCAGAGACUUCUCAGAGAAGGAGCUCCCGAGGCUGUUUACCUGCCGCCCAGCCCGUAUCAUGGACCGCAGGCCGCAGGAGGCGAGAGUAGAGGAGGGCACUACGGUUCUCUUCUCCUGUAAGGCUGAUGGGGAUCCAUCCCCAUCCAUCACCUGGAUCUCAUCCCAUAAGAAUGUGGUUUCUCCAACAGGACGAAUUAGAGUUUUGCCCAAUGGUACUCUAGAAGUGCGUUUUGCCCAAGUUCAGGACAGCGGCACGUAUCAGUGCCUGGCAGGUAACGCAGCCGGCAAUGACAGCCUGACUGUCGGUCUUUACGUGAAGGGGCUCCCCCGGAACCGAACCAUCCCUUACCUCGCAGAGGAGGGCUGGGUAGAGCCUGCAAAUCCCCAAGCUGCCAACUCCUCUGCUCAAAUGGCCAAGCCAUACCCAUUUGAUGCAAAGACCCUGAUCAUCGCCACCACUAUGGGCUUCCUGUCUUUCCUCAGCUCGGUGGCCAUCUGUUUUGUCUUCAUGUUCUUCUGGAGCCAGAGCAAAGGUCAGAUCAAGCACACGGCAACUAUUGACUUUGUUCCCCGGUCUUCCAUGGGUGGUGGAGGAGGGGACGGAGGGGACGGUGGCAGGUUCACCAUGAAACUCAUUUAAAGCCAAGGAGGAGGUGAAAGGGGUCUUUAUGAUGACUGUGGACGCCCCACCACUGGGACACUCAAGGACAGACCAGGACUUUUUUUUUCAAGGGCCCCUUUAGAAGGCGAAUCAGAGCCCAUUUGCUGGGCUCGUGCUGGCGCUCUUCUAAUUUUAGAGUGGAAAGUAACAUCUCAACAGCCACUUUGGUGUGUUAUCUAACCAAUGAAUAUAUCAUGACACUGGGACAGAAAGAUGUUAACAGAUUUUUUUGGCAGAGUUGUCUCACGGUUGCUGUCUUUCACCAACCUUUUACUUUGGAUAAGCAAAUAACCUAACGCAUCUAACUUGUUUUCUUUUUUUUUUAUGUAGCAUGUAAUUGUAAAAUAGUUCUUAUUUUCACAGAUAUUGGAGAAUAACACAUUAAUACAGUUUUUAGUUUGACACAUUUGUAGAAUUUGUCACUUCAGGUGCUUGUUUAAAACCAUUCACAUUGUACACGUGUGCUCAGUUUUUUAUGUCUUCACUUGCCAAUACAAGCCAAGAAAACAUUUGCCCUGUUUGACCCUCACGUCUCUAUUUCUGCUUACCCACAGAGGUUCAUGUCAAAGACUGCCAAUUCAUCACUGGCUGUACAACUUCCACACAUCAUUAUGUGACUACAAAGCUUUUGAUACUGGCAAUAAUUAUAUGGAAUACACUAGCCUAAUCAUUUUAAUUCUCAACUUAAUGGUUACAUUUUGGACAUUUUGGAGCUUUGUUACAUGCUGUAUUGAAGAUGUUCAUCAUGUUUAUGGGGCAUCACUUACUUUAAAUGAUCAUGUAGCAGAAAAGAAAGUAAAGAGACUGAUAGCAAACUUUAUUGUACAUAGGAAUGUAUCCUAAAACAAGUUUUUUUCAGGUCCAAAUUGGAUCUUUCUUUUGUAUGAUUUUAUCUUGUAACGACAGUAGAUGACUCUUUGUUCCAUCAGAAGAUGAUCAGCUAUGAUUUCUCCUUUUUUUAUAUUCUAGAAACCACUUUUUUUUUAUUUUGUACCCACACAAACACUGAAACUAUGUGCCUCAGUAACAUUCUCACCAUCGACAGAGAGAAUGCUCACCUGAUCGUUCUUGUCUUGUAAAUAUUUAGGUCAAGGGCGUUUGUGUGCGCUCGGUUUAUUCUAUCGUUUUAUCUAGUUCUGGGGAUUAGUGUCUCUCAAAUAUGCCACUCUUGUAGUGUAUAAACGUAACUGUGUAGAUGCACUACGCACAAAGCGAUGCUUUAUUAUGCCAUGAAAAGAGGAUGUAAAUGAUCCACACAAACAACACUGACAUGUUUGUUUGCUAUCUUGUUCAUAAAUGAUUUUGUUUUUUUUCCAUUUCACUUCAA